AUGCGUGUUCUUAACGUUGCAGAAAAAAAUGAGGCAGCGAAAAAUAUUGCCUCUAUCCUCGGAAGGGGUCAGUCGAUAAGACGGGAGGGGUUAUCUAAAUUUAAUAAAAUAUACGAGUUCCAUGGAUCUCUCGGUGGUGAAGACUGCUUGUUUGUGAUGACAUCUGUUUCUGGUCAUCUUCUCAACUAUGAUUUUCUUCAGUGCUUUCGCUCGUGGGAAUCUUGCAAUCCCUUAGCUCUAUUUGAUGCUCCAAUAGAGAAAAAAUGCACUACAGAAUUCGAACCAAUUAGGCGCACUCUCGAGAGAGAAGUUAAAAACUGUUCAAAACUAAUCAUUUGGACCGAUUGUGAUCGAGAAGGCGAAAAUAUUGGAAUGGAAGUUGUUGAAGUUUGUAGGAAGGUGAGGCCGUCCCUCUCCGUUGCUCGUGCGAAAUUCUCCGAAAUUACUCCUGCUGCCAUAUAUCGAGCCGUCAACAAUUUAACGAUCAUUGACGAACGUGUAAGCCAUGCUGUGGAUGCUCGCCAAGAGCUUGAUUUGCGUAUCGGGGCUGCUUUUACGCGUUUUCAGACACUUCGUCUGAAACGUGUAUUUCCUCAGGCAUUGGCUGAUCAGUUGGUUUCUUAUGGUUCCUGUCAAUUUCCAACACUCGGCUUUGUUGUCGACCGCUUUAGAGAAGUUGAAAGCUUUGUCCCAGAACCUUUUUGGAGGAUUUCCGUGGAGGUAUCGCGGGAAUCAUCUACCGCAACGUUUCAAUGGAAAAGGGGGCGCUUAUUCGACCACUCCUGCUGUUGUGCAUAUCACGAGCAUCUUCUGGAGCAUUCGACAGGUCAAGUCGUGCACGUUGAACAGAAGCCUAAAUCUAAGUGGCGUCCACUUCCAUUGGACACCGUGGAGAUGGAGAAACUGGCGUCUAGAAAACUUCGAAUUGGUGCCAAGGAAACUAUGCAAUUAGCUGAGUCCCUUUACACAAAGGGCUUCAUUUCAUACCCUAGAACAGAGACAAAUUCAUUUCCCCCUGACCUAAAACUGCGACCCCUUGUCGAAGCCCAAACACUGGAUCCUCGAUGGUCAGCAUUUGCUCAACGCAUUCUCGAAAAUGGCCCGAACCCAAGAAACGGAAAAAAGACGGAUCACGCACACCCCCCUAUUCACCCUUUAAAAGAGGGAAGUGGCCUUCAGGGCAAUGAGGCACGCCUGUACGAGCUCGUCACGCGCCACUUUCUAGCCUGCGUGUCCGAGGAUGCGAAAGGCGCUGAAACCACCGUCGGGCUGCUCCUCGGGAUGGACCCCCCACCGAUCGCCCACCUGCCUGGCCGACGUCUUCCCACCGGUGGCGAGGGGGAACUCUUCGAAGCCAAGGGUCUAGUCAUUCACGGCCGCAACUACUUGGAAGUGUACACUUACGAGAGCUGGAGCGAGCGCUUCAUGCCAAACUUCCAGCUCGGUGAAAUUAUCACUCCGGACAAGAUUGAGAUAAUGGAAGGACGCACUUCACCACCUUCUCUCCUCACCGAGGCAGAUUUGAUCGCCCUCAUGGACAAGUACGGCAUCGGGACUGACGCAACACACGCCGAGCACAUUGAAACCAUCAAGAAGCGCAUGUACGUCGGUCUCCAAGACGGCAAAUUCCUCGUGCCCAGCCAGCUUGGCAUGGGUCUCGUUGAAGGCUACGAUGCAAUGGAUUUGGCCGUGGCUAAGCCUUGCCUGCGUGCAGAUCUGGAGACGGAUCUGAAAGCAAUAUGCGAAGGCCGAAAGGACAAGGACGAAGUCCUGAGAACGCAGUUGGCGAAAUACAAGUCUGCUUUUGAGAUGGUUAUGAGGGAAGCAAGGAAAUUGGAUGUUGCCAUUGGCAGACAUCUCUCUCAGGAGGCUGCCAACAUUCCAGAUGACAACCCUGAGUCUGCGGCCGCUGGAGGAACUGGUUACCACAACUUGUGCAAGUGUCCAUCAUGUGGCAGAGAUGUCGUCAUCCGCAAACGAAAUCCACAAGAAAAUCAACCGCCCACUGCUGCUCAGUCAAAUCGUAUGUCCUGGUUCCUGUCGUGCACCGGAUUCCCCAACUGCAGAUACGCCAUCUGGCUGCCCGAUUCGAUUGUGGCCGCAAGAGUGAUCGAGAACCUGGACGGCGUCCGCAACGAAAGGUCCCAGAUUUCUCCCUGUCUGCCCUGCUCGUCUCCCACCGGAUGUCAGGGCGGUGGGCGGUUUGUUGGUCUCAAAUUUCGUCUUGGAACACUCCUGCCUAGUGGCUACAUCCAAGAAGACGCCGAUAUGGAACAAAGCACUAAACCGUCUUUAAUCUUCGUGUUUGCUUUUGUCAGAUACGUAACCUGUCUGUUCUGUGACGAGGAAUUCCGAAUGGCGUUCGGCAUUCGCACAGUCCCCGCGCCGUCGCAACCCACCCAACCACCGCGCGCCUCGCCCGCCCACCACCACAACACCUCCACUUCAGUACCGAAUCGAGGCUUUUCCACCAUCACACCCGCCGCUCACAACCACCGCCAGCCACGUAACCCUCCGGCGGUUCCGCUGCGGCCGUUCGGUGGCGCCUUGUCGACGAAUUCAGGCCAGUCGGGUGGCUGUGUCGGGCCGGACGAGAGUAAUCCCGUGAUCUGCGGUUGUGGCAUACCUGCGCGCCUCCUAACCGUAAAAAAACCGGGGCCAAAUCAAGGUAUUAGUGGAGACCAGAAUGCCUCCUCAGCCUCCGCGUCCUGGAGACCGUCGUCAUCCUCUCGCACGUCAGUGAGCGGCGAUUCGGGCUUCGUACAGUCAGGCGAAGUUCUGUGCUCGUGUGGACUCCCCACUGUCCUCAACCCGGGUGACCACAGUUCGGGCUGCCGAUUCUUCCAGUGGGCAGACACAGCCAACCCCGCUGGUGGCAGUCAAGGUCGGGGCGGUCCACGUGGUCGAGGUCGCGGUGGCUACCAGUCCAGAUCUGCUCCCAUCGCGUCUCCCAGUGUUGCCGAGGGUUGGCCACCCUCCGGCCCAACGACCUUCUCCUCUGCUGCAUCUCGUCGCGGCGGCGGCAUUCGCAAGUGCGGACUGUGCCACCUACCCGGCCACACGCGCAAUCGGUGUCCGUCAGCACUUCGUGAGUAG